GUGGUAAAAUUAACAUAACAGAAUAAAUUUUUAUUAUGUUAUUAUUAUUGCUGUCAUUUUUUAGAAUUUUAACUCUUUCUAACCCACUAGUUCACACUUUAUCGCACACUCUGACGCUAUUUAUAACGUAAUAAUAGCAGACAGAUGGGAGGAUGCGGGGCUGUGAACGUGUAUAUCCCGCAGAGCGGCACCGCACACCUACGGGAAACCGCCGGUCAUCACCUCACAGACCGCACGGUGCAACCCAACCCUCACACAAAACCUACUGGCAGCGGACAGCGGGUAUGGCUACACUGCGCGUGCGCAGCGUGAUAGCCCGCAGGCUUCUUCACGCAGGCGCAGAGCGGGGACGCCAGCGUCACGAGAAGGAAGUGUGUCGGGAAAUGUAGUUUUCCCCGAGUCGGGCAGCUGUUCUACCUGCUCUUAUAGGUGACACCCGACCAGGAAGUAGAAGUUGUUGUCGUCUGUAGGACUUUGAGGGUUUCAGGGAUUUUCUCAAAGAAUUUGUAAUAUGGAGGAGAACUCUACGCCUCUGACCAGUUUGGCAUGGACUUCUGGCCAAUCAACUUGUCCCAAAGGCCACAUCAUAAUCGCAGCCACCGCUGAAGGAGCCUCUGCUAACUUCUUAAAGGGGUUUAAUCAGAGGUCUGCUCUAUACCUAUGUUACAGCAGUACUCCAGAGACUAUAGAACAGGUGAUCACUGAGGUCCUGCUGCUGAGCGACAAGAACGCAUUACCGGUAGGGUUCGCCUUCAUUGGGGAAUAUGUGGAUCCCAAGGUGACUGUGCCAAAGAAGAAACGCCUGUGUGUUAAACUAAGUCCUGUGAACACUGCGGACUCCGCUGUCGCUGACAUUAAGCUGACGGUAAAAAGCAAGCACCUUGCCGCGCCGUAUACUCGUAUUGGUGAUAUGAGUGGUCUCGCUCUAUGGUGCAAGAAGGUUCCUGUCUCCGUCCAGAAACCAACUCCAAAACCAAGAAACAUCACCUCAGGCAUCCGGGGACUUUCUUUCGAUAACGGCACCCCACCCCAGACUAACAGCUCCCUCCACAUUCCGGCUCCUGUAGCUGCCAAACCAAAUGUAAGAUCGCCCCAAUCCGAACACCCGAUCCACGAGUCGAAUGUCUAUGGCGUAUCCGCUAUUGAUGGAAUCCCAUUUACCAUCCAUCCGAUGUUUGAAAGCAAGAUUUCUGAACCUUCUAUAAACUUUUCUAACUUUAGAGAUCUUAAAAUCAAAACCUUGGCUGAGAUUGAAAAUGAGUACGACUAUGCAUUUCUUGUGGAGCGUUCUGCUUGUGCCAGAUGACGACUUCCCUGCCGCCCAGGUCCUUACACAAUGAUUUACUGACCAUAUGAUAGAGACCAGCAAUAACAAUGACUAGUACUGACUUUAUACAAUGAUGAAUUUCCCUACAGCUUUAUACCUAUCCAUGCUCCCUCAGCUGACUUCACAUGUCCACUUGUUUUCUAGUUUAGGCUUUGUUUUUCUUAAUAUGAAAUGAGGACCUUGUAUUGUAUAACUAGUGGAGCUCCCCAAUUUAAAGGGUCUGUCCAUAGAAAGUCUAUAAACAGGUCUCCCUUUUUGUACGUUCAUUUUUAGUUAGAUGUGUUCCCCACUGGUUGCCUUACUGCUGGGAUCCACAGUUAUCAGCCAUAGUCUGCUGUGUAACCUGCAGCCCCACUACUGGAGAAAUAAUCGAUUGCAUGUUUCCCAGUGACAUCAAUGGACUGUCUUAUAAUGCAGGGAUAUGAGGUUAGUGGGAGAGAAUUAUUUUUUUUUUUUAUAGGGGGCGCUCCCUUAUGAUGUAUAUCAACUUGGUGUGUACCCUCCACCACACCCAAGUGAUAUACUAACCUUCCAAAUGGUAACAGUAGGUGUUCGGUUUAGGGGAUAGUAGGGUGGGGUCAGGUUGGAGUUGCUGCACUCCGAUCGGUGUCAGACUCCCAUGGGGAAACCAAGAGGGAACAGUGAAAAUUCAAGUAGAAAAGACGG